UCUAACUUUCUAUCCAUUUCUCUGGUUGGUUGGAGUUCGGAGACAGCUGACCAAUCACAUGGCGUCUUACGUUCGCAGUUUCAGCUGAUGACAACAUGGGAGCAAAUUUCAGGAGCUGAACGAAGUGAAUCCAAGGAUCUAGAAACCACGCCUAGCGAGAUUAUAAGGCCAGAAUAUUCGUCAUCACGAAUGUGGGCCUAAACUGAAGAAGAAGAAGAGAUGACAGACGAACAAGUACAAGAACGAGUGAGUCCCUAGAAGGCCCAGAAGAAGGCCAUCAGCUGAUUACAAGAUGGAAGCACAUGAUCUGCAGACCAUUUCUAGCGAGAUGAUAAAUGUUAUACAAGAACAACAACAACAAGUAAGUCCCUACAAGAAGGUGAAAACCCAGCAUCCAGAGGCCACGUCUAGCACAACAGUAGACGUCAAACCAGGACAACAGCAACAACAGAAGGCAUCAGUCGAAGAGGUGCUCUACUACCUGCAAAAUGGCAGUUACCCCCCACACUUUGAUACAUUAGACAAAAUGACAAAGAAGGCAAGGAGGCACACCCUUUAUAUGUAUGCCCAAAAGUUUUUCUAUGAAGGUGACACUUUGUAUUACAAGGGGAAGGAGCAAAAGAGGGCUAAAGUUCUAUUCACCAGAGAAGAGGUUGAGCAAGUCCUGGGUAAUGCCCACUGUUCUGGCACCAAUGGAAGCCAUUUGGGUGUAAAGCGGACUCAAGCAUACGUGGUAGAACGCUUCUACUGGCGCACCAUCACAGAGGAUGUGAAACACUGGGUCGAUGCUUGCCCUGAGUGCCAAAUUAAGGCAGCAAGAAUAAAGACCUCCCCUGAACUCAGACCAAACUAUGUGUGCAGAACUGUGCCUGCAGGUGUCUACAACAUGGAGGUUUGUGUGGACUCUGUGGAGUCAGCUAUCAAUGCAGAGCAGGGAGGUGCAUCCAGACUGGAGUUGUGUGGAAACUUGAUGGAAGGAGGGACCACUCCAAGUUUAGGAAUGCUGAAGGUAGUGAAACAGAAAGUGAGGAUCCCUGUGUUCGUGAUGAUUCGGCCACGCGGCGGUGACUUCCUGUACAGCAGCGUGGAACGGGAGGUCAUGAUGGUCGACCUCUGUCUGGCCAAGGAACAUGGCGCUGAUGGGAUAGUGUUGGGUGCUCUUACAGAGAAUGGCAGAAUUGACAAGGAUUUCUGUGCACAGUUAAUUGGUUUAGCAAGGCCUUUACCAGUUACUUUCCACAGAGCAUUUGACAUGGUUGCGGAUCCUCAGCAGGCCCUGGAGGAUGUGAUCUCGCUGGGAUGUGAGAGACUUCUGACCAGUGGGUGUGACUCCACUGUUUUGGAGGGUCUUCCCACCCUUAAAAAACUCAAGAAACAGUCCAGAGGAAGAAUCAUCAUAGUGCCAGGAGGAGGCAUCAAUGAGAGGAACCUGCCCAGAAUCCUGAAGGACACAGGACUCAGGGAGUUCCACUGUUCAGCCAGCUGCUUCAAACCUUCAGGCAUGGUGUACAGGAACACGGCGGUGUACAUGGGAGGGGCACUCAGGCCACCUGAGUUUGGGUACAAGGUGGCAAGCACAGACAGAGUCCAAACACUGAACCAGAUCGCUAAAUCUACUGUGCAAUACAGUAGUCAAGUCAAGUCAAGUCAAUAGGGUGGUUAUCUGACAGUGCGCAGAAUUUUUGUACCACUGCAACCAUUUCUGAUUGAUUUUUGCAAUACCUUCAGUGUCUCUCCUUAUCAGUUUUGACAUUACAGUGAUUACAUCUAUUCUGACUUCUAAAGCUCCUGUAAUCUAAGAUUAUAAAGGUAGAUGCCAUACAGUAUUUCCAAAAGAGCUGCCUUCCAAGAAACAAGUGUUCAGUAACCCUUCCUCAGUGACAGGCAAUUAAAGAGAAGACAAUCGCCAACAGCAGCUGUAGUCAGCACGUGCAUGUAUACCCAAACUAACCGUGACGUCUGCCCUGAACAAUACAGGCUGAAUGACCAACUCCAGUCCUCCUAGGCGGAGCUCACGUUUCCCUCACAGAACCCUCCACGCCUGGACUUCUUCAUUCACAUGUUCCGUGCAUAACACUGACCCAACAUUUAGUCCAGGCAUUUCCCCUGCCGAUCCCACAGGGUGAGAGUUAACCCCCCUCGUUCCCUGUCCCGGCCCUCUUAACCUAUUAGACCCGUGAUGAGAUACGCUGCUGGUCUUGUUGUGAUGAUGGACCACAGGACGUUAGAAGAUGAUUUCCGUACGGGCGAACCUCAGCGAACCUUGGGGGAUCUUCAUAGAGAAGACUACUAGCAUAUACAUAAGGACCUUGCCUGCAUCGUACUAUCAUAAAAUUGAGGGCAUGUGUUCUGGAAAAUUCAACUGCCUUGUUAAAGGCAGUCUUUCAUCCUUGACCUUGGUGGUUGGUUCUGUGACGACCUCGUUGAAAAUUUUGCGGCAUCAACAUCCUACGACGACGUACGACGACUGUGACCGCUCCUUAUAGGAGGAAAUUUCGGUCCGCCAACUACAAGGGACGAUGGGCCGAAAUUUUCUGUCCUGGAUGUCAGCUUUGACACAUAUCAGUUUCUGCGCCCGCCCAUCAUUUUGUCAGUUUCCAAACAGCAAUACUGAGGCGCUUUGUUUGUUUCCUAUUGUUCAUGUACAGCACUUAGCGUAAUGUUUGUUUUGAUUCGUUCCAAGAUUAAAUUUAAAGGUUAACGCCUUUCUUCUCAAUGAACGUGAAACUAGUAAUAUCAAAUACGAGUAUUACAUAACGGCUUGAUAGCUUUGAAUUGUCUUAUUAUACUAUAUCGUCGCCAAUUAAUAUAGUAAGUAUACGAUUCUCACUUGUAUAAUGGUAUGACACAAUGUGUUAAUGACUAUGAUAUCAUCACAGUAUUAAAACACGAGAGAAAAAUUUAAAGGUCGUUGCUUUAAUGAAGUUCAAGCCAAAAGUUCCUAUUCGGAAGCUGGAGUUGCUGGCAGAGUUUAGACUUUAUUUGUUUUCUCAGGCUUAGCGGUGGAAAAACGGGACCCAGAUUCCCGCCCAGAGCGUUGGGACGUCAUCAGAUAUGAAGGUAGCGUGACUUACUCAGAUUUGUCUGGCUUGCAGGGAUCGUGCCCCGGAACCAUUAGAAACACCCGAGGUAUAAUAUAUGUCAUGGACAUUCUAUAAGUAACGUUGAUUUCUUCGGGCGAAUUGAACGAUAAUGUAAAAUUUAAACAGGACUUGGUGUGACAUGGAAAGACAUGGAAAUAUGUUUAUACACAAAAUAGAAUUCACUGAGUUACACACUUAAUAACUGAAAAACAAAGAG